CAGGAACCAUAAUCAAAAUGAAAGCUAUCGUGUUGGCGAUGUUCGUGGCCGUGGCUCUGGCUGACAGGCCGUCUUUCUCCUACGACGCCCCUUCAUCCCACCCAUCCGCCCCCGUCAGACUGGUCGAAAUCAUCCGCGACGAUCGAGUCCAUCCUGCUGCUGACGGCUCUUACACCUUCGACGUCGAGACCGAGGACGGCAUCGUCAGACACGAGGCUGGUGGCCCAGGAGGUGCUCAGCAAGGCUCAGUCAGCUUCACCUUCCCGGAUGGCCAAGUGUUCGACCUCCAGUUCGUCGCCGACGCCAACGGUUACCAGCUCAGUCGCCCUACUUACCUGUGGCUCCUGCCUUCCCUCACCCUAUUCCCGCCCACGCCCUCGAGCAGAUCGAGCGAGGUCGUCUUGAGCAUGAAGCUCGCGCCCGCGGAGAACUGCACCGUCAACCUUUGGCAAAUGCUCAAACAUAAAUCACUGUUCCGCUUCCAGGCAUACACGCCAAUUGAUCUAACAGAAGUAAAGGAUAUACUGGAUAUGUGUCACUCUAGUUGA